AUGCCUUCACCGACAGACCAGAAUCAUACAAAUAUUAAUUCCUCAAAUAAAGAUUCUUCUGAUGCACUUAAAGAAAGCACCAUCGAUGAUACGACAAUUGUAGAUGAUACGUGUGAUGUCACUCGUAAUGAAUCCGAUGUGGGCGCGAGCACAUCUUCUUCCCCAUCUCAAGUUACUACUUCAUUUUUCUCUGAUGGACGUGUCACUACCGCUUCUUCCACACCCGCUGUAGCUUCAUCAAACGAUCCUCAAACCUCUACUGUUCCUGUUGCUCAAAAAUCCCAAAAAACUCCAAAACAAUCUUCUAAUAGACCCACUAGAAAAACUAGAGGUGCGCCUAAACCGUCCAUCAUCGCUUCAAAUCCCUCGAAUUUACCCGAUUUAUCGGUUGACAAAAAGGAUUCUAUUCCGGGCUCAUCUCCAAAUGCCUCAAAUCCUACUGCUUCUGCUUCAUCCGCUACUUCUAAUCGUUCGUUACAACCCAUAAUAUCGGCUUCCGGUUCCUCUUCCUUAUCAAAUAAUUUUCCUCGUCGUGGUUUACCUCAAAAAGACGUAACUCGUGCAAAUAUUGCUGAUCGUUAUCUAGAAUUUAUUCUUUAUUGUAAUCCUUCGGCUCCUUCCGAUCUGGAUGUAUCUUCUCUCAUCCGUUCUUUCAAUUCCGUUCCUAAAUCUGAUG